UGUAUACUUGGCACUAACGGGUCGUUAUUUUUGAUAAAUAUCUCUUACAGCGAAUGUUCUGUUCAAGUCAGAAAACUGUUAAGCGGCUGUGAAAUAUGUUUGAUUAUGAUUCAAGGAUCAAGUGACAAAAUUGAAUAUGGAAUAAGAAAAGGAAUUAUUAUAUCAAUGAUAUAAAGUUUCAAAGAAAUGGCCGGCAGGGUACGUAUAGAAAUUGGAGGUCAGGUAUUCACAAUUCCCCGUGAAAGCCUGGAAAAGGGGCCAACAUCUCGCUUGCAGAAAAUGUACAGAUCAGCCUUUGCAUCUUAUAAAACAUGUGUGAUCGUCGAAGAAAGACCGCACGAAAUGUUUGCUGCAAUAUUAGCAAUGUAUCAAACUGGAGAACUGCAUAUACCAUUGACGUCAUGUCCGGGUGCUUUCAUGAACGAGUUGAAUUUCUGGGAAAUACCAGUGGAGUUACUUUCUCCUUGUUGUUACAACAGAAUGCAAAGUUUUUACGACGAACAACAAACACUUAAACAGUUCAAAGAUAGUUUAGAAGUAGAAACUUAUCCAGAAGCACCGCAAACUUCACGAUGUAGCCUACAUUCAGCCCGUUUUAAGUUGUGGAACCUUGUAGAAUACAGAAAUCCAUCGACGCCAGCUAGGGUCUAUUUCAUAUUGUCCCUUCUUAUGGUGCUGUUGUCGAUAUUCAUAUUGGCUGUAAAAACUGAUUCAAACUUCCAGAGGAAUAUGACUAAUUGCGAGCGUCUAGAAUACAUGACGUCUUCCGGUAUGGAAAAUGUGGAACUAAUUAGAGAGACAUUUGAAAAGUAUUGUGACGAGAAAAAUAUUCCCGAAGAACCUAAACCUUAUGCAUUUACAAAUAAACCCGAUAAAAAGCCUCUUGAAGGUUUCAAGUAUAUUUUCGUCAAAUUGCCGAAUGACAAUAAAAGCAGGCGUUCAGGAGAAUAUGACAAUCGUACAAAAGCAAAUAAUUUUAUUGGUACUAGGAGUAAAUAUGUAUCAGUACCGAAUAUGAAAGUGACAAUAUAUACGUUGUCUUUACUAGAGAUUAUCACCAUUGCAUUUUUCUCAGUUGACCUAGUUUUGAGGCUUGUUUCUUGUCCUAGUUUGAAACACUAUUUCUUCUGCAUUAUUAAUAUAACUGAUGCUUUAGCUUUAGUGUGUACAUGUAUUCAUUUGCUUGUACUUCAUAUGCAUAAGCAUUGGCGAUACACGGACAGUUGGAUUGAUAUGUUGGAGUACUCACAAAUGUUACGUGCUUUGAGGUUAUUUCGUAUUGUAUCCAAUAUCCGAGCUGGAAAAGUUCUAGCUUACUCGAUACGCGCAAACGUUAAAGAUCUUUUCAUUCUGUGUCUAUUUCUGAUUGCUGGAAUGUGUACGUUUGCAAGCUGUUUCUACAUAGCAGAAGAUAAGAAGAAUGUAAGCAGUAUUUUGAUUGGUUGGUAUUGGGCUGUUGUAACAAUGACUACGGUUGGAUACGGAGAUAUUUCGCCACAGUCACAAGGAGGCCGAUUCGUUGCGUGCAUUUGUGCAAUGGCAGGCGUGUUACUAUUUGCUUUGACUUUGCCUAUUUUUGCAAACCAUUUUUUAACUUUGUACCAACACUCGGAUGCGAAACAUGCGUUUCAAAAACACCGUGGAAAUGAUUAUUCGAAUGCCAUUGCUGACUCACAAACAGCGUGUAAUAAACGAAGGGAAAAGGUUAAAACUUCUGUUAAAAAAGAUCAAUCCGUUUAGUACUUUACCAAUUGUAUAGACGUCGAAUUAUUUUCGUAAAAGGCAAAUGGCUGAACAAAGCUUGU